AGUAACAAACCAAACUUUGAUGAGAAGAAUCCUUGAGUUUUUUCUCUGCUUCCCUCUCUCAAAUAGAAUUCUAUAUUUUGUAGCCAUUGUUUCAGGAAAUCCUGUUGUAGCCAAGGAAGCUACAACGAUCGCUAUCUGGUCUCUGACUGAAAAUGGAGAUUGCUGGGAUCACUGGAACAAUCUGUACAAAGAGAAUCUAGAAGCUAGUGUUGCUCUUCUUAGAAAGCUUGUAAACGAGUGGAAGGAUCAUUCCCUCAAACUACUAUCAUCACCGAGUGUUGGUCUCACUCUCAGUCGAACUAUGAAGAGCUUCUGGCUAAAAAACAAAAAAGCUAUCACUGAAGGAGGAGCAAACUCUUCUCUUCACGAAGAAGCUGACGAGUACUUGACUUCAAAGUGAUCUCGGGAAGACUUUGCCGUGGAAGUGGCUGGCAAUUUACUGCAGUGGUUUUAGCUGCGGUAGUUGUUCUAGCUUUGCUGAACAAGCUACUAAACUAAUUGGAUGUAGAAACUGGAUUUCCGAAAUGAAUUUGUUUAUGGGGGAAAACAAAUUCAGUAAGGAAAACUCUCUUAGAAAACUAAUCUAGGCUUUGAUAUUAGAAGAAUUAGGGUUUUUAUUGCUGAGAACAA